AUGAGUAUUUGCUACAUUCUGUUAUUUAUUCCACCUAUUAUUGGAUUAAUAUUUUCUAUAUUAGAAUGUUUAUGGGUUAGUAAAAUAAACAUAAAUGGACCAGAGGAUAGAUCUAAUAAUUUAGAAGAUGGAUUAACACAAGUAGAUAAAAUGAAAGAAAUAGCUUCCUAUAUUGCUGAAGGAGCAAAUGCUUUCUUGAAAAAAGAAUACCAGUAUUUAACUGUUUUUAUUUUAAUAUUUUCUGCAAUACUAAUACUUUUUGUUAAUUUCUAUACGGCAAUAAGUUUUAUUCUUGGAUGUUUGACAUCUAUCUUAUGUGGUUAUAUAGGAAUGAAAAUAGCUGUUUAUGCAAAUGUAAGAACUACCAAUGAAACAUGGAAAAGCUUAAAUAAAGGAUAUGAAGUUACUAUAAAUGCAGGAACUGUUAUGGGAUUUUCCUUAGUUUCUUUGAGUAUGAUUGCUUUAGGAUUAUUAAUAUAUGUAUAUAAAACUUUUGUUUUUAGUGAAUAUUUCUUAGAGUCUUCCAUAUAUAAAAUAGUUGCUGGUUUUGGACUUGGUGGUUCUUCCAUUGCUUUAUUUUCAAGAGUUGGUGGUGGAAUAUAUACCAAAGCUGCUGAUGUAGGUGCUGACUUAUCAGGAAAAAAUGAAUACGGAAUUCCAGAAGAUGAUAUAAGGAAUCCUGCUUGUAUAGCAGAUAAUGUAGGAGAUAAUGUUGGUGAUAUGGCAGGAAUGGGUGCAGAUUUGUUUGGAUCAUUAGCAGAAAGUUUGUGUGCAGCAUUAGUUAUUGGAUCUUCUGCAAUAACUAUAACGGAUAAUGCUACUUCUGAUUUAUUUUCAUGCAUUAUGUUUCCAUUAUUAUUUAUAAGUUUUAGUAUCAUUGUUGGUAUAAUAACCUUUUAUAUAGUAACUUUAACUGUUAAAAUUAAAAGUAAAAGCGAUGUAGAAAGAUCCUUAAAGUAUUUGUUAUUUUUAUCAACAAUAUUACAGACCCUUGUAAUAAUUGGAAUAGGAUAUAUUGUUAUUCCAACCACUGUGCAAUAUAAAGUUACAAGAGAAAUUGAAAAAUGGAAAAUUAUAUUUCCAUCAUUAGUUGGUUUAUGGUCAGGCUUAAUAAUUGGAUUUACAACUGAAUUUUAUACCUCUUAUUCAUUUAGUCCAGUUAGAGAAAUAGCAAAUACACAGAAAGUUUCAGCAGCAACAGGAAUUAUUUAUGGGUUAUCAUUAGGUUAUAAAAGUACUUUAAUACCAAUUAUAUGCUUAAGUUGUGCUCUUGGUAUUUCUUAUGCAUUUUGUGACAUAUAUGGAAUAGCUUUAGCAGCUGUUGGAAUGCUAAGCACAUUAUGCAUUUGUUUAACUAUUGAUGCAUAUGGUCCUAUAUCAGAUAAUGCUGGUGGAAUAGCUGAAAUGUCUGGUUUACCUUCAGAAGUCAGAGAAAGAACAGAUAUACUUGAUGCAGCAGGAAACACAACAGCAGCAAUUGGUAAGGGAUUCGCUAUUGGAUCAGCCGCUUUAGUUGCCUUUGCAUUAUUUGGUGCAUAUGCCAGUAGUGCGAAUUUACAUCAUGUUAAUAUAUUAAAUCCAUGGGUUAUUAUUGGUUUACUUAUUGGUGCAAUGUUACCUUAUCUAUUUUCCUCUUUAACAAUGAAAUCAGUAGCUAUUGCUGCUAAUAGUGUUUUAAAUGAAUGUUUAGAACAGUUUCCAUUAAUUAUGUCUGAAAAACAAAAACCAGAUUAUGCAAAAUGUAUAAAAAUAUCUACAGACGCAUCAUUAAGACAAAUGAUUAUUCCAGGUCUUAUUUCCGUAUUUUCUCCUUUAUUAAUUGGUAUUUUAAUGGGUAAAUAUGCAACCGCUGGAUUAUUGAUAGGAAUUAUUUUAUCUGGUGUUCAAUUAGCUUUUUCAUCAACUAAUUCAGGUGGAGCAUGGGAUAAUGCAAAAAAAUAUAUAGAAUCAGGUGCUUUAGGAACAGAGCAUAGCAAAGGGUCUAAUGCACAUAAAAAUUCAGUAAUUGGGGAUACUGUUGGAGAUCCACUAAAGGAUACAUCAGGUCCUUCAUUGAAUAUUUUAAUAAAAUUAUCAGCUAUAACUUCACUUGUUUUCGCUAAUGUAAUUGCUGAAAACUUUACCUCAUAUACUGGUGGCCCAAUUUGGUUAAAAUAA